AUGGCCGAGACACAGAGCCUCUCGCCCUAUGGCACUGCCAGAGCUACUGUGACCGACCAACCUCUCAGCAAGGAUGAAGUCGACAAGAUCAACCGUUACUUCCAUGCCAGCAUGUACCUGUGCUUGGGCAUGCUCUACCUCAGAGAGAACCCCCUGCUUCAGGAGCCUUUGAAGGUUGAGCACAUCAAGCCUCGUCUUCUCGGACACUGGGGCUCUGACGCUGGCCAAUCUUUCACCUACAUCCAUAUGAACCGCCUGAUCAAGAAGUACGACCUUGAUGCCUUCUUCGUUUCCGGUCCCGGCCACGGUGCCCCUGGCGUCAUCUCCAACUCGUAUCUCGAGGGCGUCUACUCCGAGGUCUAUCCCGACAAGUCCCAAGAUGCUGAGGGUCUGCAGCGCUAUUUCAAGCAGUUCUCGUUCCCUGGAGGCAUUGGUAGCCACGCAACCCCCGAGACUCCUGGCAGUAUCCAUGAAGGAGGUGAACUCGGAUACUCUAUUUCGCAUGCUUUCGGCGCCGUGUUCGACAAUCCCAACUUAAUUGCUCUGACUAUGUUCCUGAAUCCCAUCUGCGAUGGUGCAGUCCUCCCCGUCCUCCACUUGAACGGAUACAAGAUCAACAACCCCACUAUCCUCUCGAGAAUCAGCCACGAGGAGCUGAAGGCUCUUUUUGUCGGCUAUGGUUGGGAGCCUUACUUCGUUGAGGGUUCUGACCUCGACACAAUGCACCAAGCAAUGGCUGCUACUAUGGAAAGAGCUGUCACCGAGAUCAGGGCAAUCCAGAAGAAGGCCAGAGAUUCUGGCAAGGCUGAGCGCCCCAGAUGGCCCAUGAUUGUUCUCAGAACUCCCAAGGGCUGGACUGGUCCUCGUACCGUGGAUGGCCACUUCCUCGAAGGCUACUGGAGAGCUCAUCAGAUUCCUCUCACCAAUGUCCUCAAGGACAACGACCAGCUUGCUCUGCUCGAGAAGUGGAUGCGCAGCUACGAGCCCGAGAAGCUGUUCAAGGACGGCAAGUUUAUCGACGAGCUUCGUGAGCUCGCCCCUACUGGCAACCGCCGUAUGAGUGCCAACCCUGUCACCAACGGCGGCUUGCUGCGCGCCAACCUCAGAAUCCCUGAUUUCAAGAAGUUUGCCCAGACUGUGAAGAAGCCUGCCGCCGAGCAAGCACCUAGCAUGAACCUCUUCGCAGACUUCUUGACCCAGAUUGUCAAGGCUAACCCCAACAACUUCCGUCUGUUCGGUCCCGACGAGACGCAAUCCAACAAGCUUGGCGCCGUUUACGAUGUUACUCAGAAGGUCUGGAUGGCCGACUACUUCGAAGAAGACAAGGAUGGCGGCAACCUCGCCCCUGCUGGUAGAGUCAUGGAAAUUCUCAGUGAGCACACAGUUGAGGGUUGGCUAGAGGGAUAUCUGCUUACGGGCCGCCACGGCCUGCUCAACAGUUACGAGCCCUUCAUCCACAUUAUCGACUCCAUGGUCAACCAGCACGCAAAAUGGCUCGAGAAGUGUCAUGAGGUUUCUUGGAGACAGGAGGUUGCUUCGCUCAACAUCCUACUCACCUCGACCGUCUGGCGCCAGGAUCACAACGGCUUCACUCACCAGGACCCCGGCUUCCUCGAUGUCGUUGCCAACAAGUCGCCCGAAGUCGUUCGCAUCUACCUUCCUCCGGACGCCAACUGCCUGCUCAGCACUAUGAACCACUGCUUCAAGUCUUCCAACUAUGUCAACGUUAUUGUUGCCGACAAGCAGAACCACCUGCAAUACUUGAACAUGGAAGACGCCAUCAACCACUGCUCCAAGGGUCUCGGUAUUUGGGAUUGGGCCUCCAACAGCAAGCACGAAGAGCCCGACGUUGUCAUGGCCAGCUGUGGUGAUGUUAGCACACAAGAGGCACUCGCUGCUACUGCUCUGCUCCGCGAGCAUCUGCCUGAGCUCAAGGUUCGCUUUGUCAACGUCGUCGACCUGUUCAAGCUCCAGCCCAACGGCUACCACCCUCACGGCCUCAAGGAUGACGAAUACGCCGCCAUCUUCACCGACGACAAGCCUAUCGUCUUUAACUUCCAUUCUUACCCAUGGCUAGUCCACAGAAUGACCUACAAGCGCAAGGGUCAGAACUUGAUGCGCGUGCGCGGCUACAAGGAAAAGGGUAACAUCGACACCCCUCUCGAGCUGGCCAUCCGAAACGAGACGGAUCGCUACAGCUUGGCCAUCCUUGCCAUCGAUAGUCUCAAGUCUGUUCUCGGCAACAAGGGCUCGUCUACCCGCGAGUACCUGCUCAACACACGUACUGCCGCCAUGAACUACGCCUACGAGACUGGUCAAGAUCCCGAUGACUUUGUCAACUGGACUUGGCCUUACUAG